AUGAAGUUUAAUAAGAGAAUACUGCAAGAUUACGAGCUUGUAGAACAACUGGAGGAGCAAAGAGUCCGACACGAAAAUCUGCAACCGUUAGUUGACCCCAGUCCCACCUAUUCACCAGAUGAUGAUAGCCUUGAUGAUGAAGAGACGCGAUCGUCGAUUGAUUCAGAAUCUUCUGGAUUAUUUCAAGAUAUUGAGAAUUUUGCAGAGAAUAAUUACCAGACUCCAGAUGAUUUCUAUGGGAACGUGAUAUUUCAAAAGGUUUGGCAAAAUUAUGUUGGAGUCAAGGGAAUUUCUAAAAGAUCAUUUUCACUUGCAGUGGGGGUUUGUGUUAUAAUAUGGCUCUUGGGGGUUGGAAUGUAUGCACGUGAAGCUGCCAAACAUACUCAAUCAUUGGCACUGAAAUUGGGAAGACCAAAGACAACAAUUGUUUCAUCUUCGAAUGGGAACGUCACCAUCAAUAAGUAUGAUCCUUCAUUAAAGAACAUAACUUUGGACGAAUAUAUGAAGGGAACUUUCCUUCCAUACACAGUGCCAGUGAACUGGUUAAAUGCUAAACAAUACCCACAACACCACAACGAGAAAGAGGGCCUUGGUGGUGCUUAUUACAUGACUAGGGGAGAAAAGGAAUCAUUUGUCAUGAAACAAAUUCACAACCCCAAACCACAAACUUUCAUAGAUAAUCCACAAUUUGCAUUUGAGAAUAACUUCUACUAUAUUCAACACGUUUAUUUGAAUCCAGCAAGACCAAUUGACCAAUUAACUAGCAAUUGGCAUAUAGUAGCCACAGACGUGGAAGAACAAUGGAGACAUCUGUCCUUUGCACUUUAUUGGAUCUUCAACCCACUGACGAAAGAUUAUACUCCAAUACAACCUCCAAAAUCGGAUUUGCUGAGUGAAGAUAGCCAAAGUCGUUUUGCCCCUAAACAUAUGUAUAAGCUUCACUUUGCUGAAUUUUCUCCUUUGGGUACCCAAAUAUUGUAUGGAUUUAACCAUAAUUUGUAUAUUUUACAUUUGGAAUCUGGAGAAAUUACUACGGUUACCAAUACUGGCUCACGAAAUAUAUUUAAUGGUAAACCAGACUGGAUUUAUGAAGAAGAAGUUAUUUCAGAUUAUAAGCUUUUCUGGUGGUCACCGGAUCAAAAAAACUUGGUAUUUGUUCAACUUAACGACACUGAAGUUCCAGAAGUAGAUCUUGAUUAUUACAUCAAGGAUAACUCUGAAAUAGCCAACACUUUUGAGGAACCUACUCAAAGGAAAACAAAUGAUGUUAACCAAUACCCUGUGAAAACUACUAUAAAAUAUCCGAAACCGGGUACUCCUAAUCCAAAGAUUACUGUAUUUAAUUAUAACCUCAAGGAAGGUAAAUUGAAUGAUAUUACCAAUAUGGACACUAAGAAUAUUGGAGACGAAGCAAUAGUUUAUGAUGGGAUAUGGAUUGAUAAUAAGUCCUUCUUGAUGAAAUUAUCAGAUAGAACUAGUAAGAUACUAUGUAAGAGAGUAUUCACCGGGACUGGUAAAUUAGAGACUAUAAGUACUAUUGAUACAUUCAAUUCAUUCCAUGGUUGGGUUGAAAAGACUUCACCAUUGGCAAUUGUUCCUGUUGCGGAAAAUGGGGAUGAAAACCAUUAUAAUGGUUAUAUCGACAAACAUGUCAUCAACAACAAAACGCACUUGUGCUUCUUUAAAGAUGCAUCAACAUCUGAAAUAACGACUAUUUUAACACCGCAAGAUGUCGAUUGGGAAGUGAGAAGUGACUCCCCAAUCACAUAUAAUAAAGUGCAAAAUGUAGUUUACUUCUUAACUACAAUGAAUAGCAACAUGGAUGCUCACUUGGUUUCGCUUGAUAUUAAGACGAAAAAGAUAAAAACCAUUACUGGUAUUGAUAAAAGUGGGAAAUAUGAGACAUUUUUCAGUAAUGAUGGACAGUACCUUAAUUUGUUCUACCAAGGACCUUUACAGCCAUGGCAAAAACUUAUUAAUAUGGAGGAUUUGCAUGAAAAUUGGGCAGAAAAUGAAAAUGAAAUUGAUGCUGAUGCUUUAAUUGAAAGUUACAAACCUAUUAAUUUUGUGGAUGUGACUGCAAAGAAUCUUCAAGCAGUAAACUUACCAACAAGAUUAUAUAGACAAGUUCAAAUAGGUAAGGGUUCAAAUAAAGUAAUUAUAAAUAUGAUUGAAAUCCUCCCUCCAAACUUUAAUCCAGAGAAGAACACCUACCCUUUAUUAGUUUAUGCAUAUGGAGGUCCAGGGUCACAAUCUGCUGAUAAGAACUCUGCUAUGACUUUCCAAGAGGUGGUUAGCUCAUGUUUGAAUGCAGUUGUCCUCAUAAUUGACCCAAGGGGAACCGGUCCUAACUGGAGUCUGAAAUCCUUUGCUAGAGGAAAUCUUGGUUAUUGGGAACCUAGAGACAUUAUUACAGUCACUACAGAAUAUAUUGAAGUCAAUAAGAAAUUUAUCAAGAGUGAGAGAAUUGCCAUAUGGGGCUGGUCCUACGGGGGAUUCACAGCGUUGAAAACUCUAGAAGUCGACAAGGGAGAAAUUUUCAAGUAUGGUAUGGCAGUUGCGCCAGUGACUAACUGGAUGUUUUACGAUUCCAUUUAUACGGAACGUUAUAUGUCAAAGCCAGAUGAGAAUGAAAACUACUUGACCACUGCAAUAAUCAAAGAACCGAUCAAUUUAAAGUACUCUAAACGGUUCUUGGUUAUGCAUGGUACCUCCGAUGAUAAUGUACAUAUUCAAAAUCUGUAUUGGUUAUUGGAUAAACUCAACUUGCACAAGGUUGAAAACUAUGAUCUACACUUUUUCCCUGAUAGUGACCAUACCAUCUCAUUUCAUGGUGCCAAUAGCGUUGUUUUUGAUAAACUUCUCCAUUGGUUAGGAGAAGCAUUUGAUGGAAAAUUCGAUCAAUUCUUGUAA